AUGGUCAUUGUUUCAGUUGUUACGGAGGAAGCCACGGACUUUCGUCUUUCUGCGGCAAGAAGUCCCUGUGAGCUUCGUCACGCCGAGAAGUCGACCGGACGAGUGGUUCCGAUCCAACACCCUAAGACUAGCAUGGUGGAUUUUGGCGCCGAAAUUUACGGGAUUGACUUGAACGAUUUCAGCGACGCCGACUUUGAAUUCAUAUCUAAUGCCCUACAUACGCACAAAUUGCUCGUCUUCAAGGAACAACCCCAGAUGCUUAAACCUCAGCAGCAAUAUCUGCUCACAUCAAACUUUGACCCCGACGAAACGACUGGGGGCUUUGCUCACGGGAGAGACCCCUUUCUGACGACUCAUAACGGCAUCGACAUCUACGGCAUCCCCAAACGUCCAGCGAUUCCCGAGCAACCGCAAGUACAUAUACUUGGUCGUGGACCCCUACCUGAGAACCACUAUGGUUUCCCACCCGGAUUCGAGGUUCAGGGCAUUGAUCAUGAGGAGUUCCAUCUCCCACCACAUAUUCCAGCCGUAGAUCGAGAGAAUGGUGCCUCCCGUUUCUACCAGUGGCACUUCGAUGGUGCCUUAUACGCAAUCCCUCCGCCCCGGGUAGGUUGCUUGUUGGCGGUCCGAACACCCAAGGGGCCCGAUGUCACCGUGCGGUGGGACGAUGGUAGCGGCACUGAGAUGAAGAUGGCACCCGGGUCAACGGCUAUGGUGGCUGGCAGUAGGGCCUUGGCUCUCCUUGAUGAUGACAUGCGGAAACUUGUCCUGAACAGCAGGAUCGAAUAUGCACCGCAUGCAUUUUCAUGGAUGGCCGGAGCUCACAGUACGCGUCUGGGACAUCUGCUGGAGACGGAAGGAUUGGAGAAGCCGUUAGACCAACUGCCAAAGUGGGAGAGCAGCAAGGUCUGCGUGUAUCCCAUGGUGUGGACCAAUCCUAAGACAGGCGAGAAGUCGUUGCAAGUUCACGGCCAGGGGGCUUUCAAGCUCUACCUGAAGACUGAGCCAAAUGGUCUGGAGACAGUUAUAGAUGACCUGAAGGAGGUCAGAGCUUUCAUGGAUAGAAUUAUGAAACCGGUACUGCAACCGGAGAACAUCUACGCCCAUCCCCAUCAAGAACAGGACGUGAUUCUCUGGUACAACAGAGCCUUGUGGCAUAGCAUAACGGAGUUCCCCAAGGCAUAUGGGCCCCGGGUGAUGCACCAGUGCAAUGUUGCCGCGAGUGAUCAUCCUUCAGGCUGA